GCCCCUGCCGCUGACGUGCGGUCCGCGCGGGCGGGCUCCGCCGAGCAGAGUGCUUCCGCGGGCUCCAGGGUCGCCGGCGCCUCGUGGCGGGGGUUCCUCGGCCCGGUUCGCCUGUUCCUUCACCUCCCCGGCACCUUCUCGCGGCUCCCGGAGAAGCCGGCGCGUCUGCGGGCGUCCGAGGCAAGAGUGAAGAACAAGUAUCAUCAUGUCUGGAGUCAAGAGGACAAUCAAAGAAGCCGACCCUGAUUAUGAGGAUAUUUCUGUGGCCCUUCCUAACAAGCGGCACAAAGCUCUUGAGAAUUCAGCACGAGAUGCUGCUGUGCAGAAGAUCGAGACUAUUAUCAAGGAACAGUUUGCACUUGAAAUGAAGAACAAGGAACAUGAAAUUGAAGUCAUUGACCAGCGACUCAUCGAGGCAAGAAGGAUGAUGGAUAAGCUUCGUGCCUGCAUCGUUGCAAACUACUAUGCCUCCGCAGGACUGCUGAAAGUUUCUGAGGGAUCAAAGACUUGUGAUACAAUGGUUUUUAAUCAUCCUGCUAUCAAGAAAUUUUUGGAGUCACCAUCUAGAUCAUCAUCUCCUGCCAAUCAGAGAUCAGAAACACCCUCAGCCAAUCACUCAGAAAGUGAUUCUUUAUCUCAACACAAUGACUUCUUAUCUGAUAAAGACAAUGGCAGCAGUAUGGAUGUAGAGGAAAGACUCUCGAACAAUGUGGAGCAGAGAUCCAGCCGAAAUACUGGAAGGGAAACUUCCAGUACUACCGGCUCCCAGAAAGCAGAGCAGCGGAAUGCUGAUCUCAUAGGAGAUGAGACUUCUCGACUUUUUGUAAAGAAAACAAUAGUCGUAGGUAAUGUGUCAAAGUAUAUACCUCCUGAUAAAAGAGAAGAAAAUGAUCAGUCAACUCAUAAAUGGAUGGUGUAUGUCCGAGGAUCUCGUAGAGAGCCUAGCAUUAAUCAUUUUGUCAAGAAAGUUUGGUUCUUCCUUCACCCCAGCUAUAAGCCCAAUGACCUUGUGGAAGUUAGAGAGCCGCCUUUUCACUUGACAAGAAGAGGGUGGGGUGAGUUUCCUGUCAGAGUUCAAGUUCACUUCAAAGACAGCCAAAACAAGCGGAUAGAUAUCAUACAUAAUCUGAAGCUGGAUAGAACUUACACUGGCUUGCAGACUCUUGGAGCAGAGACGGUAGUAGAUGUGGAGCUCCACCGACAUUCCCUUGGAGAAGACUCCGUGUGCCUCCCGAUGUCUGAGUCAGAUAUCUCUGACGCUCCUCCACCUCUGCCUCUGACCAUUCCAGCACCAGUGAAAGCUUCUUCACCAAUGAAACAGUCAUCACAGGAACCAGUACCUGAUACUCCUGUGGAGAAAGGAUUUCCAUCCAACACCGAAGUUGAGAGACACACUACAUUCUAUUCAUUACCGUCUUCAUUGGAACGAACACCCACCAAAGUAACAACAUCCCAGAAAGUUACCUUUUGUUCUCAUGGCAAUUCGGCUUUUCAGCCAAUAGCAUCAAGCUGCAAAAUUAUGCCACAGAGCCAGGCUCCUAAUCCUGAGUCACCUGGGAAAUCCUUCCAGCCCAUCACCAUGAGCUGCAAGAUAGUUUCAGGUUCCCCUAUAUCAACUCCAAGCCCAUCACCGUUGCCACGCACUCCGACUUCCACUCCAGUCCAUGUGAAGCAAAGUACGGCCAGCUCUGUCAUUAAUAACCCUUAUGUUAUCGUGGACAAGCCAGGACAGGUCAUUGGAGCUACCACUCCUACUACAGGAAGUCCUACAAACAAGCUCUCGACUGCAUCUCAGGCCUCCCAAGGAACCGGUUCUCCAGUUCCUAAAAUCCAUGGAAGCAGUUUUGUGACAUCUGCUGUCAAGCAGGAGGAUUCUUUGUUUGCAUCCAUGCCACCUCUUUGUCCAAUUGGGAGUCAUCCUAAGGUUCAGAGCCCCAAACCUAUAACUGGAGGACUUGGAGCUUUCACAAAAGUAAUCAUCAAGCAGGAACCUGGCGAAUCCUCUCACGUGCCCACAUCAGGAGCUGCCAGUCAGUCACCUCUCCCUCAAUAUGUGACUGUGAAAGGGGGUCACAUGAUAGCUGUGUCCCCUCAAAAGCAGGUCAUGACUCCUGGAGAAGGGACUGCUCAGUCACCAAAGAUUCAGCCUUCCAAGGUGGUUGGGGUGCCAGUUGGGUCUGCUUUACCUUCAGCCAUGAAACAGGCCAUGGCCAUCAGUGGUGGCCAGAUCCUUGUAGCCAAGGCCAGCUCUUCUGUCGCCAAAGCCGUUGGUCCAAAACAAGUCGUGACACAAGGUGUUGCCAAAGCAAUUGUGAGCGGAGGUGGAGGAACCAUUGUUGCUCAGCCAGUGCAGACCUUAACCAAGGCUCAGGUCACCACCGCUGGCCCUCAGAAGAGUGGGUCCCAGGGUUCAGUAAUGGCAACAUUGCAGCUGCCAGCCACUAAUUUGGCCAAUUUGGCAAAUCUGCCUCCCGGCACCAAACUCUACCUUACAACAAACAGCAAGAACCCCUCAGGAAAAGGAAAGCUGCUGCUGAUCCCGCAAGGCGCUAUCCUGCGAGCGACCAACAAUGCCAACCUCCAGUCUGGCUCAGCUGCCAGCAGUGGAGGUGGUGGCAGCAGUGGCACUGGAGGAGGAGGAGCAGGAGCAGGAGCAGGAGCAGGAGCAGGAGGAGGAGGAGGAGCAGGCGCAGGCGCAGGAGGAGGAGCAGGUGCAGGUGCAGGCGCAGGCGCAGGCACGGGAACUGGAGGAACCCAGAGUCCCGCCGCCCCCGGAGGGAUAUCCCAGCACCUGACGUACACAUCUUACAUCCUCAAGCAGACACCUCAGGGCACGUUUUUAGUUGGCCAGCCAUCCCCCCAGACAUCUGGAAAACAGCUGGCUCCAGGUUCAGUGGUCCAGGGAACACUGGGAGUCAGCACAGCUUCUGCACAAGGGCAGCAAACAUUGAAAGUCAUUUCUGGACAAAAAACCACUUUAUUCACCCAGGCAGCUCCUGGGGGACAAACAUCUCUGAUGAAAAUAUCAGAUAGCACAUUGAAGACUGUGCCGGCCACUUCACAGCUCUCAAAGCCUGGAACCACAAUGCUGAGAGUAGCAGGAGGGGUAAUCACAACUGCUACUUCACCAGCUCUGACCCUCUCAGCGAAUGGCCCUGCACAACAGUCAGAAGGAACAGCACCCAGUGCGUCAUCUACUGUAGGUCCCGUGAUGAAAACUUCUGGGCAGCAGCAAGUGUGCGUGAGCCAGACCACCGUAGGAACCUGCAAAACCGCCACCCCGUCUGUUAUCAGUGCCACGUCCCUGGUGUCCACACCGAACCCCAUCUCCGGAAAAGCCACAGUGUCAGGUCUGUUAAAGAUUCACUCCAGCCAGUCCAGCCCCCAACAAGCUGUCCUGACGAUCCCCAGCCAGCUCAAACCACUCAGUGUGAACACAUCUGGAGGUGUGCAGACUAUCCUGAUGCCUGUGAAUAAGGUGGUUCAGUCAUUUUCUGCCAACAAGUCCCCCGCUGUUCUGCCAGUGGCCACUCCGGCUCCAGUUGUGCCCAGCCCUGCAUCAGCAGCAGUCCCAAAAGUAAAGACGGAACCAGAAACGCCUGUGCCAAGCUGCCUUUCUCAGGAGAGUCAGACGGCAGUGAAAACAGAAGAAAGUUCUGAGCUGGGAACCUAUGUCAUUAAGAUAGACCAUUUAGAGACCAUCCAACAACUCUUAACUGCAGUGGUUAAGAAAAUCCCAUUGAUCACUGCAAAAAGUGAAGAAGCCAGCUGUUUUUCUGCGAAGUCUGUGGAGCAGUACUACAGUUGGAACAUAGGGAAAAGGAGAGCUGCUGAGUGGCAAAGAGCAAUGACAAUGCGCAAAGUCUUGCAAGAAAUACUGGAGAAGAAUUCACGCUUCCACCACCUGACUCCCCUUAAAACCAAGCAUAUUGCUCACUGGUGCCGCUGCCACGGCUACACCCCGCCAGACCCCGAAAGCCUGAGGAGCGAGGGCGACUCCAUUGAGGAUGUGCUGACCCAGAUCGACAGCGAGCCGGAGUGUCCGUCCUCCUUCUCCUCUGCUGACAACCUCUGCCAGAAGCUGGAGGACCUGCAGCAGUUUCAGAAAAGGGAGCCAGAGACCGAGGAGGAGGUGGAUAUUCUCAGCUUCUCAGAGCCGCUGAAGAUAAACAUCAAAAAAGAACAGGAGGAGAAACAGGAAGAGACAAAGUUCUACCUGCCACCCACACCAGGCUCUGAGUUCAUUGGAGACGUCACACAGAAGAUUGGGAUCACCCUGCAGCCUGUGGCCCUUCACAAGAGUGUGUAUGCGUCGGUGGUGGAGGACAUGCUCUUAAAGGCCACGGAGCAGCUGGUGAGUGACAUCCUCAGACAGGCGUUGGCAGUUGGAUACCAGGCAGCUUCUCACAACAGGAUUCCCAAAGAAAUUACCGUCAGUAAUAUUCACCAGGCCAUUUGCAACAUUCCUUUUCUGGAUUUCCUCACAAACAAACACAUGGGGAUACUGAACGAAGAUCAGUGAGCAGAAGGAAGAUACCCCUGGGAAAGCAGGAUCCAAAGUUGUGAACUGUGAUGGCUCUUCUGUUUGGGGAAGGAGGCUGCUUCCUGUGGACCUCAGGCUAUCACAGCUACCAGACCACUGCCUCCACCUAAUUUAGUGUAACGUGUUCAGUCCCAGAUCACAUCUCUGUAGGACAGAAGUUCAUAUCCUGAUUAUAGAGGGAAGCUGUGAGUAGAUGUUCUAUCAGCCUUAAUCUGCUCUCCCUCUGUCAGACCCCAUGAGAGAGUCUCAGAGCUGGGCCAGCCGAGGCUUGAGGACCAGGUCCUGUUCUCAGGCUGUCCUCAGGAGGUGCAACCUUGGACCCAAGACCCCAAAGGCAGAGACUGACGGCUGGAGAAUUGCCCCAUUACACCCAGAGGGGGGCGGGACUUCAGCUCUCAGCUGGCAGCCGCAGUAGGAGGAGCCCCAAACAGCUGGAGCGGCAGCUGCAGGAAGUGGUGCUGCCUGCGGAAACCAGGAAGGCCCAGGAGGCUGCGGAUGGAGCAGAGGAGCAUUAGCACGUUUUCAGCACUGUCAAAGGGUAGGCAGGUGGGUCAGGAAAGAAUGAAUUCUUAAUAUUAGUAAUAGAUGGCUUUCACAAACCCUGGGAAGGGCCCGACCAUCCCGCUGUGUGUGCUGAACCUCUCUGCGGGCCCUGCAGAGCCACCCCCGCCACAGGCUCCACUGUGAUUGGGGGGACUGCCCUGUUCUUCUGUCAAGAUUUUUCCAAGAAGAAAAGUGUUUCAAAGAAUCACUUAGGAGUGCCUUAAAGAUAGGAAUAGCCACCGAAGCCAAGAGACAGGUCAGUGCUUAAAAGCGGUAUCAAUAGAUUGUGUCUAGAAGCAGCUUCUCAGUGGGGAGGCUGGCAGCCUGGUGUUCAAUACCACUAAAGAGUCAGCCCAGCGUCAUCAGUGUGGCGGGUAAGGCAUUGGACUCAAGCACGGGGUUCUAGGUUCAAUCCCUGACAUGGAAUGAGCCCUUCUCACUCUUGAAUGAAUUUUUUU